AUGCAAAAAAGAUUGCUAUUCUAAAUAGCAUAAGGAAACUACGAAAUUAAUAUGAGUAAAGUGGAUAAUUAUUAUAAGGAAAUUGUGUGGUUAAUUGUCUGCUCAAAUAAUAUAAUGAUUAAGACAUUUAAAAAUACCCUCCUCUUAGUAAUAAAAAGGAAAAUCUGA